UUUCCCUGGCGAUUUCCUAAAGGCACGCCACGGAUUCGGCCCGAGUGUUUACAAACGGCAAUGGCGUCCAUCAGCACAAGAGAAAAGCUUCUUUCCCUCAUUGAUGACACGGAAUUGAUAUCAAAGGAACUUUUAGAAAACAGCAUCGCUCCCAAACCACAGAGGCUGUCCACUCAUGAACAGGCCCAGCUUAUUGACCUUCUAAUCCAUAAAGACACAGAAUUGAAGGAAACUAUAAAGUUGGCCAGUGACCAAGCGAGGAUUGCGGAAAUCAUGGAGACGGUGCAAGCAGAAGUGGACAGGCAUGACCAGAUGAUUUUGCAGCUAGAAAAGCAAUUACAUGAUGCCCAUCACACCUUAUCUGUGGCAUUGUACCAGGCAAGACAGAAACUGCAAAGCAUUGCAAGAGCCAACAAAAGACCUGUCAACAGUGAAGAACUUAUAAAAUACGCACACAGAAUCUCUUCCACGUACGCCGUCUCUGCACCAGACAAUUGGCAGCAGGGUGAUCCUAGAAGACCAUACCCCACAGACUUGGAAAUGCGUGCUGGUUACUUAGGUCAGAACGGGCAGCUCCUCCAUACCCAGUCCCACCUGUCUGACCCGAUGACGAGAGGCCACCACACCGGUAAGUACGAGCCAACAUCAGCAGGCAUCGGAGGAACUUUCAGCUGGCAGCCUUCUGGAGACUUGCAGGUUCAUGUGGGAGGCCAUACAGCAGUAGUGGAAAAGAAAGAGCAGGAGGACGUUGAGGUUAUGAGCUCAGAUUCCUCCUCCUCUUCUUCAUCCGAUUCUCAGUGACAACACCAGUCUGGAUGCCAGAUUACCUGAUAUCCAUAUUCAGGACCAUUCCAAAGAUAUCAAAUCUGUUUCGUAUCAUCAUGCAAGGGUGCAACGUGAAGUGCCCCUUGGCCUCAGGAAAAUCAUUUCAGGCCCAGGCCAACAUUGCUCUUCAUUAGAGAAAGAGAACUUUGUGGAGUAUCUGCUAAGUUUGUAAAUAAGACUUUUGUCAUGAUCCAGUCUUUAAAUGUACAUUCUCUCUCUCUCUCUCUCUCUCUCUCUCUCUCUCUCUCUCUCUCUCUCUCUCUCUCUCUCUCUCUCUCUCUCUCUCUCUCUCUCUCUCUCUCUCUCUCUCUCUCUCUCUCUUCUUCUGUAAGAAAUGUGAAAAGAAAUCUCAGUAUUUCUGUCUAAUUAGUAUAUCUCAGAAUGUAAACAUUGGAAUGAUAUUUCUUAAAAUUCCGUGCUUAUCUGAUCGCAGCUUCUAGCAUCUCUAUUCGGGAUAUGUUCUGAGGAGUUAGAUGCUUGAAUUUAACACUGAAUAAAGAAAGCUAAUGAAGCUGAUAUGAAAAUUGCUUAUUCUGUUUACUCUGAUCACAGGUACUGUAAAUCUUGGCUUGUAUAAUUAUUCAUUCAGAAUAUUGAUAUUAGAUGUGUGUAGAUAGAAUUCUUGUUAGUUCUCCAGAAAAUGUAAUUGGUACUUUAUCAGUGUGUCUAAUGGUCAUGCUCUUGCUUUUAGGAUAAUGUACAAUGACAAGAUAUUUGUAAUUGUUCAAAGCAUGUUUGUUUUACAUAAAAUGUUUCUCAACUUAUCCUUUUCAUAUCAGAAUAUUGCAGAGACAAUGUUAUGGAUGUACUUUUAUACAAAGUUUAUUAUAUAGUUUUCUAGCUAAACUUUGCAAGUUUGUGUCAAAUGUAGCAGAUUUCAGGACACAAUCUUCCAUGCACCUUGUUUUUAAAUGGUUUAGUAUCAUUGUAAAUAGGGACUAUAUUUUUUCAGAAGUAACUGACUGAAUUUCCAGCAAGACAUUUAAAUCUAAUUGAAGUAUUUUUCAUGCCAAGUAACUUUACCUUGUCGAAGUAUCAGUUGGUAAUGUACAAAAGAAAGUAAUUGAUUAAUGUUCAAAAACUUGAGUCCUGGAGAAAGGUAGUGCUAGAGUAUUAACAAGGAUUGUGUAAAAAAUAUUUUGAGAGAGUAGUUAUCAUGACAAAAUGUCUUCAGUAAGUAUAACACAGAUUACGUUAAAUUCAAUAAGCAGAAGACAGAUUAUGUUCAAUCAUAUCUGAAGAAAUACAACAUAGGUAAGUAUUCCGAUGUAGUACAAGGCAACAGUUCAUAACUUUGACAUCAAGGGAUUUUUGUGUAUAUUCACAAAUAAAGCAUAUGUAAAAGUA